AUGUCUCGAAAAUCUACGCACGAAGAACUUUUGGCAGCUUCUCAUGCUGUUGAGCAAGAACUGAAUGUCGUCAAAGCUCUCAAGCGUCUCUCCAUUGGUAACAGUCUAAAUUAUGAUCCUGAUCUUCCACCCGAUGAGUCUGAAUUCGUUGACCUAAAUUACAUAGAUGUUCACAGGAGUCCCACGUCUUCUUCUACCAGUUCUUCCUCUUCAUCCAUAGCUGCCAAGCAUUCUAGUCUUUGUGAGGAGCAAAGCGAUGAUGAUGACUCUGCAGCAGACAACUUUGAGCACUUUAAUAGAAACAGCAAUAACAACAACGACGAUGAUCACUCCUCGUAUGACGCAGAAAAUGUCAUAUUAGACUCUAAUAAGUUGAUGUGGGUUCCUGCAACGGCGCAUCCGAAGUUGGCACCCGAUAAUUUCAGAAAAUACGUCCAGGAGACGGUGCAAGAGAUCACAUCCAAGUUGGAUAAGUCCAAGACUAGAUCCAAUCGUUCUUCUCUUUCUUCAGAAUAUACACAGAACAUUUCUACACUUUCAUCAUCUUCUUCUAGACCCCAUCGCAGCUCCAGUCAGCCGUCUUUGAAGGAACUUAGUGCCGAAUUGCAGAACUUGUCGCAUCUUGCGGGUAUGGACUCGACGGAUGCCGUUACUUUAGCUAGGACUCUUUCUUCAUCAUCUCUUGGCUUUACCGAAUUGGAGAUGGAACUGUAUGGGAAGAGUACUGACCUUCCCCUUUCCCGUUCCAACAGUUUGACAGCCCAUCAGGCCUCUCGGUUGAGAAAUCAGGCUCCUGUGCCGUCUUCGAUGACGACUCUGAAGCCCGCCAUUGAUGAUGAUCUUCCAAUACCAACUUCUGAAGGUAACGGGCUUAAAAGAGCCCGCUGGACUACCUAUCGGAAAAGUGGGGGUCCGAAGAUGUUGAGAGAGAGAAGAAAACAGACGCGUCAAGUUAGCGCACCUUCGUUGACCAAUAAAGAGCUUCCAGAGAUUCCGAUACAUUCUUCUGUUUCUCCUUCUUCUUCAUCCAUCACCACUCCUUCCAGUAGACUUCCUCCGCUACCCAAUACCCCAAAUAUAGGUACACAAUCGGCGAUUCCACUGCAGGCCUUUUCAUCCUCUCCGACUUCGCCUCUUCCGUUACAAUCAUCUAAGCACUCCGGAUGGAACUGGCUUGGCCAUAAGGAAAAAAGGUCACCCAUGGAACAUGUGCGGGACAGACAUGGUCCUGUCGAAGAUCAUUCUGCAUCCCCUUCUCCAUCUUCAUCUUCAUCAUCGCUUUCAUCCGAGAAAGAACCCCCCUCUUCACCUUCCUCGCCACCUGUACCCCCUCAAGCCUCUUCUCCUUACAGAGAAAGAAAAGGAUCAAUCUCCAACAUAUUUCGUUUCCGCUCAAAGUCUGUUGACAAAUACGACUCUGCGGUUGAGUCCAACAGUAAGACAAUUAUGGAACUUAAAGCAGUGUUUCAUCAUCAUUCAUCGCGUAUCAAGGAGAAUUCACUGCCAGAGUCUCCACCAGAGUCAGAGGAAGGAGUUGAAGCUCAGGCACGAGUUACUAAGCCCUUAGAGACCCCCAAAGAAGACCUUCAUAUAACGUCUCGUCAUCAUCGAUACACUUUUGAGGCUCAAAAGGUUAUUCCUCGUGCUCCGCUUCCGGCACAACCGAAUCAUCAGGACCACAGUGCUAGUGCUCUUCAGCAACAGCAACUGAUGCAAAGGCAGUUGCAACAUCGUAAGAAGCACGGAAAGCACGACGUUCAAGGUGGACAUAAUCACAAUGACGGGAGGGAGAGGCAAUUGGUUAAACAAUUGGAUAAACAAGUGGACAACCAAUCGCUAUUGCCAUCUCUUGUUAAUGCCCAACAACGUCAGCAACAACAACAACAACAACAACAACAACAGCAUCAGCGGCAGCAAAAAUCACAACCACAUCAUGACCUCAAUCAUGCAGAAAUACAGGAAUCAUCUGAAGAGCAGCCAUCUCGUUCCCUGACAUCAUCUGAACCAUUUGCAGAACCCUCUGUGGAGUCCUCUACUGAAGCUCUUAAACAAUCGCUCAAAUUGGCUCACCGAAAUGCGAAGCCAAACCAGCCUCUGGAAAUGAGAGACUCAGCAUUCGGCUUCCCUCUACCACCGGUGUCCAAAUCUACGUUGAUUAUGUUGGAUUACCGAUUUCCUAUUCAUGUAGAGAGAGCAGUAUACCGACUGUCGCAUUUGAAGUUGGCAGACCCAAAGAGACCUUUGUACCAGCAGGUUCUGCUCAGUAACUUCAUGUAUGCAUAUUUGAAUCUGGUAAAUCACACACUUUACCUUCAACAGCAACAGCAGGACCAGAUGUUUCCAAUUGAUCACCAACAAGAAGCAUUGGGGGCUGGAUACGAAGAUGGAACUUUGUGCGAGACGGUGGAUCUGGAGAAACCUUCGGACGAAACUUACGACGAGUCCAGACAUAUCGAAGAGAUGUAUGGUAGGGAUAGCAUACUGAACUAA